AUGCUGACUUGCGAAGCCAAGGUCCUGGGUCGCGUCUGGGCGGAAGAGAAGAAGAACUGGGAGACUUCCAACUGCUGGCAGUACUGGAACGCCCAGGCCGAGGAGCUCAGCCGUCGACACAAGCUCGGCUUCCCCAAUUACACUUACCAGCCGAAAAAGGCUGCCAAGGACGACGAUGAGGAGGAGGAACUUCUAGACCUUCAGAUACCCAUCGAGAUACCGCCAUACACCGCAGCGGAGGAGAUUAAGCAGAAGGUGAUCGAUAUGCUCCGCAAAUUCACCGAGGAACAAGCGAAUGGCUCGCAUGAGGGCGAGGUCGAUGCAUCGGAGGAGGAGGAAUCCGAUAUGUCGCCGACAGAUGAGGUGUAG